GUUGUUUAGUGGCGGAUGUUGUGUGCCCCUCGCAUCAUCAGGACGAACCAUCAGGAUAAUUUGUGGACGGUGUCGCCCCCCGCCCCUGCGCCGUAUCCGUACGGCACUCGGCAGCCCUUCGAUGGAAGGAGCACCUUCCCACAGCGAGAGCGCGCCACCGGGCAACAAGGAGAAGUUGAGUGAAUCGCAGCGCAAAAUCCAAAACUUCUGGCCAACCGUAACGCGUGAGAUGCAGCAGCUACGGCAAGUGGAACCGGGCAACCAGCUGCUGCCCCUGGCCCGCAUCAAGAAGAUCAUGAAGCUGGACGAAGACGUGAAGAUGAUCUCGUCCGAUGCGCCGCUGCUGUUCGCCAAGGCGAUCGAAAUCUUCAUCCACGAGCUGACGCUGCGCGCUUGGCUACACACCGAACAAAACAAGCGCCGGACGCUGCAGAGAAGUGACAUCGCGAUGGCCAUCACCAAGUACGAUCAGUUUGAUUUUCUGAUCGAUAUCGUACCACGGGAAGAGAUCAAGCUGACGAAGCGUAGUUAUGACGUGCGCGUAAGCCCCAGCGGUGGCAUCGAGAACGUACAGUACUAUCUUCAGCUUGCCCAGCAGCAUCAGCAAGUACUCACCCAACAGCAAGAGCAGCAGCCUGAACACCAGAACCAGGAGCAACACCAGGAAGCAAACCAGGAGCAACAAUCGCAGCAGCAGCAGCAAGUGGUCACUGUGGGGAGUGUUGCAGCGACACCGGUGAAGGCUGUGGCCAUGCCAGCGGUGAUAGGCUUAAAUUCAGUGACGAGCACAACGGCGGCUCCGAAAACGAUCACCACCGCAACCGCCUCAGCUGCAGCAUUCCCAGCAAACACAGCAAACACGAUCGUGCAGCUCAAGCAGGCGAAUCUUCAACAAACCUCAAAGCAGCAAAAACCUUUGCAGGGUCUGCAGGCAAUCAGUUUCCUGAACACGAGUGCAGUGGCUGGUAGCAGUGGCAGCAGCAGUGGCAGCACUACCAGCACGGCAGCCACCAUACCAACUAUUAACCAGCCAUUGCAGCUCGUUCAACAUUUCCUUACGCCUACGGGCGAGAUCACGCAGAUACCGAUCACUAUACCACAGAACCAGCUGAAUUUUAUUCGGACGGCGGUGCCCAUGGCAGGUGCGACUGGUGCAACCGGGACCGCGAGCGUACAGCCGAUAUUCCUUCCCGCUGCUGCCGCCCUACAAACACCUACCUUCAUACAUACGCCACCAGGCUGCAUGUACUUCAGUGCGAGUCAACUGCAACAAUUCCAGCAGCAGCAGCAACAACAGCAACAGCAACGAGAUUAGAAAGUACGUCCCCAAUCGUCCGGUAUGGCUCUAGUAAGAUAAUUUUUUAGGAGUAUCCGUAAACCCUGUGCCACACGAUCCGUAAACCUCGCGUAAUCUCUUUGGAGCGUUCCGGAUCACCUUGCUCACUACACAUACAAAUGUAGCCUAACAACAAAUCCUUACCAGGUCACAGAAAAGAUAUGGAAUCUUUUCUUGGCAAAAAUAACCCAAUACGUACAUCUCAACUUAUUUGCAUAGUUUUUACUCUGCCAUUGACCGAAGGUAUAUGCAACCGGAUCUGCUAACGAUAACAGACCCGUCGCCAGAACAAUUGCGUGCCUGGUAAACAAAAACAAUAUGCAACCGGGUGUGCAUACAUUUUGUCAUACGGGGGGGUGGGUACUGAGAAUAAUAUACCGAAGCGGUACUAGCGAAGAAUAAUACCGAAGCGGUUGAGAUGUAGCUAU